AUGACAACUCAAAUUCCGAAAUCCUUGAAUUGUACCCUGAUCACACUGGUUUUAGGGGCAGGAGUAUUGAUGCUGAUGUUCAUUUUUCUUCAGCAUGAUUCUCAUAACUACUGCCCGCCCAAUCCAGUUCAGCCACUUCAGGAAGAGAUAAGGAAAUGUCUGUUAGAGAGCAAUGGCAGUUCCUUGUCUGUAGCACCUCCUCCUCAGUCUGAGAAACCUGUCUUGUUGUUAUGGUUCUGGCCAGAAAACUACAGGUUCCAGUUCUCAGACUGCAAAUCUCUACUCAACAUGGAAGGCUGCCACUUGACAGAUGACAGAUCAGUGUACCCUAAAGCAGAUGCAGUGCUCAUUUUUCACAAGGCCAUUAGCUGGGAUCUCUCCAACCUACCUCCAUCACCACGACCACCUUUUCAAAAAUGGAUUUGGUUCCAUGUAGAGUCACCAACAAACACACGCAGAAUACCUGGGCUUGAGAACCUUUUUAACUGGACCCUGAGCUACAGACAAGAUGCAGACAUUUCUGUGCGUAAUCGUCUGACAGUCAAAAAGAGCCCCGGUGAGGAAUUUGUCAUACCUAAAAAAGACAAACUCGUUUGCUGGAUCGUAAGCAACAAUAAUCCAUCCACUGGUACAGGAGUCCGGUAUAAAUAUUAUCAAGAGCUCAGUAAGCACAUUAAAGUAGAUCUUUUUGGCAAGGUUUCUGGGAAAUUUCUGAGGUAUGAAGAUUACUAUUCCACCAUAGCCAGUUGUAAAUUCUAUCUCUCCUUUGAGAACUCUAUUCACAGAGACUACAUCACUGAGAAGCUAAAUGGACCCCUGGCUGCAGGAACUGUUCCUGUGGUGCUGGGGCCUCCUAGAAAAAACUAUGAAGACUUUGUCCCAAGUGAUUCAUUCAUUCAUGUGGAUGACUUUCCAAAUGCACAGGCACUUGCUAACUAUCUCCUUCAGCUGGACAAAGAUGAAGAAGCUUAUAGAAAAUACUUUCAAUGGCGAAACUAUCUGACUGCUAAACCUCACCUUGUACUGCAACAGCAAGAGUUCAUCCUAGCCAUUUGUUCUGCAUGUGAACAUGUGGGUAGACAUUCAGAAUACAAAGUAGCUCAUGAGAUUUACAAGUGGUAUUUUUCGUGA